AUGUCGAGGUUCCUGCGGGCAGCGACGCAUGCUGGGAAGACGGGCGUCGGCUUCCACGUGCAGGUCACGCUGCACCGCCUGACGACUGCGGACCCGGAGCUCAAGGAGGCCGAGAGCAUCUACGCAGUCGCGACCCGCGGCCAGCACAAGGUCAAGAGCGCCAACGCCAAGGUCGGCGCCUUCCGUAGCGACACAGCGAGCCGCCACGCGCCAUGGACGGACGAGGUCUUGAGCUUGCAUGCGACCAUGUACCGCAGCGGCAAGUCGUCCGGGUACCAGUCCAAGCCCAUGACCAUCGACGUGCUCAAGGCCAAAGGCGACGGCCACCUCGCGACGUUCGAGCUCGACCUCGCCACGUACAUCUCGGACAAGAACGGCAGCACGAACGCAUGCGAUGCAACGCUGCAGGCCAAGAAGAGCUGGGGCAAUGCGACCCUCGUGGUCACCAUUACGAGCAACCUCGACACCGAGCGGUGCGUGUACCUCCUCUGCCGAUGCCUGCAAGGCUUAGCAGAGACCUCUUGUAGACCCGUGACCGCGUCCAGUACAUCGUCGGCGCUCCAUCACGACCACGAGUCGUCCGAGUGCGAAGACAGCAGUCAGACGUCGCCCGAGAAGCGGCGCUCGUCGGCGUCGUCCCCCGACCGACGCCCGCCAUCCUCGCACAUCAUCACAACGAUUCCCGAGGCGACGACGAUGCACGAGGAAAAUGCUGUCAACUUUGCAACCCAAAUCAUCAAGUACGACCGCACGACCAAGGAGCUCCAAGCGAAAAUCGAGGCGCUUUCGCAGCAGCUCUCGGACGCCAAGGAGCAGUACAAGACGUCGCUGAACGACGUGCACGAAUGGAAGACCAAGCAUGGGCAGCUGCAGUCGUCGCAGUCGACGCUCCACGACGAGCUCCAGAGUCUGCGCGAGAAGAAAGCGAAGGCCGAGAAGGAGGUCGUCUUACGCCGCACCGAGCUGCAAAACACGCUCGAGUCGAGCUCCCGCGUCAACGUUGUCCAGCUCGAGCGGAUUCGCCAUCUCACGAGCGUCAACGAAGAUUUGAAGGCCAAAUUGCACGAGCUCCAGACCGCCAACGACGCUGCGCAAGCCCAACUCCGGGCGUUGCAAGCCGACGCGAGCAUGCCGCAAGAGCGGUCGUUGGCGUCGUGGACCGAAGGCCAGAGUCGCGAGACGACGGUGCUGGCGGUGCAGUACCAGACGGCGCCCGCGGCGAUCGCGAGUUCUCUCGACGUGGUGGCCGACACGGUCGCCGAGCAGGUCGUGCGCCUCCAAAGCGAGAACAGGUCGUUCCAAGAGACGAUCGCAUCGCUCCAGCGCGACGUCGAGAAUUUUGAAAACCAGCUCUUUGAGCGAAGCUCGGAGCUGCAGCAUGUGCUGGAGCUGCAUGCCCACGCGACGGCGGCGCUGACGCUCAAGACGGCCGAAGUUGAGCAGCUGCAGGAAGCGCUUCGCCGCCAGACGACACGUGACGCUCCAGAAAGCAGCGAGAAUGCGCUUGUGGCGAUGCUCCGGAGCAACAUUCAAGAGCUCCAAGACGAGGUCACGACGCUGCAGUCCAAAAACAAGCAGCUUCGUGAAGCCAAGUCCAAGGCCGAAGAAGAGCUUCUCACGCGCGGUCGCCACGCCAGUCCAACCUCCACGACGAGUGCCGAUGCGAUCGAGCUGCAAGCCAAGGACGCGCAGAUCCUCGAGCUCUCAACCGCCGCGGCGGCACUCGAGACCGAGCUCGCGUCGCUACGAAAAGAGCUCGCGGCCGAGAAGGCCAAGCCGCCACACGUCGUCCAAGUCCGCGAUGUCCUCGGUGCACACUUUCCGAGCACGAUGCCGCCGCAAGACAUGGAGCGGGCGCGCGCGUCGUCGCAGCACACGGUAGCGUCGUCCAUAAACGUCGACGCCGACGUCGCGUACCUCAAGCAGCAAGUCCGCGACCUUAAGGACGCCAAGGCGGCCACCGACCACGAGCUCCACGAGACGCGGCAAGAGCUUGCCAGCGCCCUCGAGCUGCACUCGCGCAUGCAAGCCGACAACCAGCGCCAACUCGACGACCUCCGGCACACACUGAACGCGCUCGAGAAUGAACGGACGACAGCGUCGGUCGAGGUGCGACGUCUCACGACGCGGACAUCGCAGCUCGAGGCCGAGAUCGACACCCUUACUGAAAAGCAUGCGCUGGCCGCGUCGUUGGAAGCGCUUGCGAGCGUCAACGAAGAGGUGACGACCGCCAAGGUCUACGAAGCCACCGCGCAGUUGGCCAUGGAAAUCUCUGGCCUGCACGCCGAGCUCCACGUGCUCUCGGACGACAACGAACGGCUCCAAGCCGAGGUAGCGUACUGCUAG